GGCGUCUCCGGAUUUGUCAUCAUCGCCGAGAGCCAUAUAAGCAUCCAUACUUUUCCGGACAGGCAAUAUGUCAACAUAGACAUUUUCUCCUGCAAAGACUUUGAUGCAACUUCCUCGCUUUCGAUCGUAAAGCGCACAUUCUCGCUGCCCGAAGUGAAGGUCUGGACUCUUGAACGCGGCAUUGACUACGCCACACCGCGCGAAGGUUACAACGGUAUGGUCCGCGAGCGAGUCCACAUUGGCAGCGAAGCGUCCGCGCAGACACCGCGCGACUCCCACUGA